AUGUCGACUGAAGACGGGACCAAACCCGUGCCCAUCGCCAUUGUGGGAAUGGCUUGCAGGCUACCUGGUCAAGUAAGUAGUUUGGAAUCAUUCUGGGAACUGUGUUCCCGCGGUCGAAGUGGAUGGUCAGAGAUGCCAAAGAGUCGCUUCAAUGCGGCCGGUUUCUACCACCCGAAUCCAGACCGCACUGGAUGUUUCAACCCUAAGGGUGGUCACUUUCUAGACGAAGAUAUCGCGUUUUUCGACGCUCCUUUUUUCAAUAUCACUGUACAGGAAGCGAGAUCUCUCGAUCCGCAGCAACGACUACUCCUCGAAUGUUCAUAUGAGGCGCUGGAAAAUGGUGGAAUUACCAAACAAUAUCUUCAAGGUCGCGAUGUCGGUGUUUUUGUUGGCGGAUCUCCUUCAGAUUACGAAGUCAACAAUCUCCGUGAUGUCGCGACAAUUCCCAUGCAUCAGACUACAGGAUGUGCGACAUCUUUGCAAUCAAAUCGCAUCUCAUACUACUUUGAUUUGAAGGGUCCUAGUAUGACUGUGGAAACAGCGUGUUCAUCCAGUUUGACUGCCUUGCACCUGGCAUGCCAGAGCCUCCGAUCCAAAGAAUGUUCGACCGCUUUGGUUGGUGGGUGUCAUAUAAAUCUGCUCCCUGAUACAUUUGCAUCUAUGUCUCUAUCCCGGCUUUUCUCCGAGAGCGGAAAGAGUUACCCUUUCGACCAGCAAUCCAAGUCGCAGACGGUGAACGGAUACGGUCGAGGCGAAGGUGUUGGAUGCAUAGUACUGAAGCCGCUGCAAGAUGCGAUUGACGCUGGUGAUGCGAUCCGAGCGAUCAUUUUGAACACCGGUGUCAACCAGGAUGGUCGAACUCGAGGCAUCACCAUGCCCAACAGUGCUUCCCAGGAAGAGCUCAUUCGCACGGUUUAUCAACAGGCACAGAUCGAUCCCGCCGAUACUGGUUAUGUCGAAGCACAUGGAACGGGCACCACGGUUGGCGAUCCAGCCGAAGCACGCGCGCUAUCUGCUGUUCUCUGUAAUGGAAAGAAUCGGAAAAGCCCGCUCUUGAUAGGCUCUGUGAAAUCGAACGUUGGACAUUGUGAGGGAGCGAGUGGAAUUGUCGCUGUGAUCAAGACCGCUUUGAUGUUGGAGAGAGGAUUCAUUCUACCCAACUGUGGUGUGACCGAGCCGAACGACGAGAUCCCGAUGAAAGACUGGAACCUCAAGGUUGAUACUCCUAGGAAUACAAACCAUAGCCAAGCCACUAAUUUUCUCUAUCAGGUCCCCAAAAAGGUCGUCCCGUGGCCGAGAGGUAAAGAAUAUGCCAGCGUCAAUAACUUCGGGUAUGGAGGCACCAACGCUCACGUUAUCAUGGGCAAACCACCUGCGGUUCAAGCAUCGAAUACAACGUCCGAGACGCCAUUGCAAAAUGGAUUGGUCAAUCAAAUGAAAGAGCGGCAUGCGGCACGCUACGUAUACGCAAUUUCAGGACCCAACAAAAGAGCCGUCGGAGCUCUGGCUAAGAAUGUGGCCACGUACCUCGAGAAACACCCCGACGCAUUUGACGCUUUCGUGAUGAGCAACUUAGCUUAUACUCUUGGCCAGAGGCGUAGCUUAUUCCCUUGGAGAACGGCCGUCUCUGCUUCCACGAGCAAAGAAUUGAUCGCCCUCCUAUCUGCCGACUUGGAACCAGUCAAUGUUUCGGAUGACCCUUCCAUCUCCCUUGUUUUCACCGGCCAGGGUGCGCAGUGGUAUGGAAUGGGUCGAGAACUCCUGGAAGCUUCACCCGUCUUUUUGGGAGCCAUGAAGGUUGUGGAUAAGGUUCUGAACACUCUGAAAAGUGGAUUUUCUAUCAUCGAUGAACUCCAAAAGGACGCAUCCAAUAGCUCCCUGUAUGAACCAUAUCUGAGUCAACCUGCCUGCACUGCUCUCCAGAUUGCACUAGUCGACCUUCUUCGCUCCUGGGGUGUCUCUUCAACUUCGGUCAUUGGUCAUUCUAGUGGAGAAAUUGCCGCUGCCUACGCCGCUGGCAUUCUCACAACUGAACAGUGUGUACGCAUUGCGUAUGCUCGUGGCGCGGCAGCACAAGCUCUCAAGGAUGAUCCGCUUCAAACGGAAGGAAUGAUGAUGGUUGCUGGUGCUAGCCCCGCACGACUGCAGCCAUUCAUUGAUGAGGUAACUGGCGGACGUGCAGUGAUUGCAUGCAUCAACAGUGAAUCGAGUGUGACUAUUUCUGGUGACGCGACUUCAAUUACCAAGCUGGACUCGGUUUUGAGCCAACAAAAUAUUUUCACUCGAACACUCCGCACUGGUGUCGCGUAUCACUCUCAUCACAUGAAGAAGAUUGCUGGCAGCUAUAGGAAGUUUAUGGGCAAGGUUGUGCCCCAGGACUCAACAAUCCCAUUCCAUUCGACCGUCCGCGGACAGGUUCUUGACCCUUCUUUCUUGACUGAAGACUACUGGAUUGAGAACCUCACUUCACCGGUUCUAUUCUCGCAAGGUCUACAGAGUUUAGUUUCAGAAAGCAACCUUCAUGCCAGCAAAAGAAACCAUCUCCUGGUUGAGAUUGGACCUCAUCCCGCCUUACAAUCUCCCUGUCAAAGUAUCACUAGGCAGGCGGCAACAGAUGUCAACUUCCAAUAUCUGCCUAGCAUCAAGCGCAACGAAAACUCCGUUGAAGCAAUUCAAUCCCUUGCCGGGACGCUGUUUUCUCGGGGUGCUUCGAUUGACCUCGGUGCCGUCAAUGCCUUUGAUGCUUUUGGAAAACAUCCACAGCUUCUGACAAACCUGCUCAACUAUCCAUGGGACCACUCCACCCGUCUUUGGCACGAUUCACGCAUAUCAAACAACUCAAGUCAUCCUCAAUUCCCGCGCAAUGAUAUCUUGGGUAGCUUCUCUGUGGAAAACAUCGAUCUUGAACCGCGGUGGAGAAACAUCAUUCGCGCCGAUGAUCUACCAUGGGUCCGGCAGCACAAGGUGCAUGGCAACUCCGUAUACCCAAUGACAGGUUUCCUAGCUAUGGCGGUAGAAGGUGUCGCGCAGUUAGCUCAAUUGCAAAACAUCCAGCUCGAUUGCGUGGAGCUUCGUGAUGUCAAGAUGCAGCGCAUGCUUGUCUUGCCCGAUACUUCCCCGGUGGAAGUCAUGCUGUCGAUGAAGCUACAAAAUGGUACAUCGAUGGCUCAUGGAGCCUGGUACGAAUUCUGGACUUAUUCCUGGGCGGACGGCAGAGGCUGGGACGAACAUUGUCACGGUUUCAUCAUUGCUAGAGGCCCCCAGCAAUCAAACCCGGUGACUGAGGCAAAACUUGCCCUUGCUCAAAAUCUCUCUGCAUUUGCUGAGGAGUGUACGCAGGACCAGAAUUUGCCAGAGAUCUACGCCAAUAUUGCUGCCACUGUGUUGACAUAUGGUCCGCUUUUCCGUGAAUUUUCCCGUCUCGCUCUCAGCGGAGAUGGCAAAUCGAUAGCCAAUGCGCGAGUGCCAGAUACCAAGAGCUGUAUGCCCUUUGGAUAUGAAACCAGGUGUCUGAUACACCCCGUGACACUGGAUAUGUUCCUUCAGCAGUUCUGGUUCUUCAGCGGAUUCGACAAGGCUGGGCCGAACUUUUCCUAUCUGGCAGACUCGGUCAAGCACAUGCUCAUUCCAGUCAAUGAGGCCGUUGGUAUCGGCACUAGGUUCAAACUCUUCACAACCCAAGAUCGCAGGCCGACUCAAGGGGAGAAUGUGAGCUACAGUGUUCUUGGAGUCAUCGAGGAGACCGGUGAACCUUGGGUGACAGUCAAUGGGUUCACUGCGACGCGCAUCAAUGACGCGUCUGAGGCCUUUGACGCUCAUGCGCAAAGAUCUGUUUGCUAUAAGGAGCAUUUUGAGCCAUGCUUCGACUUGAUGGAGAGUUCCGGGGCGACGCUCCUCCAACAUUCAAAGGCCAACUUGAGGUGUUCCGUCGAGCAGAUGCGACUCUUGGAACAAGUGUCUCAUUACUACAUUCGUGCCGCACUAAUCAGAAUCCCCAAGGAACUUGACAGCUUCCAACCUCACCACAAAUUGCUCUAUCGAUGGAUGCAGCGGGUCUGCCCAGAGCAUCGUCCUAAUACACUCCAACCGCCUCCUAGUGAGACUAUUGAGUUGGUUCGCACCAUGAACGCGGCCGGACAAUUGUCCUGCAAGAUUGGCGAGAACCUCCCCCAAAUUCUGAAGGGCCGUCAAGAAGCAUUGUCUCUCAUGGUCGAAGAUGAUUUGUUGAAUCAAUACUACGAGAGUCUCGACGGUUACCGUCAAAGCUAUCGCAAUGCCGUUCUCUGUGUUGAGAAAAUGGCCCACCAAAAUCCUCACAUGGAUAUUCUUGAGAUUGGUGCUGGCACCGGAUCAGCAACAUUGCCUAUCUUGGAAAGCUUUGGUGGCAAGGAUGGUAAAAGUGUGCCACGCUUCCACCACUUCAAAUACACAGAUAUUUCCACCGGUUUCUUCGAAAAAGCCAGGGAAAAAUUCCACGACUGGGACUCGCUCAUGUCCUAUCAGAGCCUCGACGUCACGAAAGAUCCCAUUGAUCAAGGAUACACGGCUAAGUCAUACGAUCUGAUCAUCGCUUGUAACGUUCUGCAUGCAACUCCUCGUAUUGACGAAACUGUUGCAAAUGCACGAAAGCUUUUGAAGCCCGGUGGAAAACUUCUCUUGAUUGAAGAGACCAUCAUGCAUCAGCGACUUUUCUUGUUUGCCUGCCUUCCAGGAUGGUGGGCCAGUCAAGAUGGAAGAUAUGUCAACGGUCCGCUGUUGUCCCAGAAGGAGUGGGACACAGUUCUCAAAGAGAACGGCUUUUCCGGUGUCGACCUUUGCUUGCAAGACUUCCCCGGUGCGUUCGAAGCAUCCAACUGCAUGAUGAUUGCAAGUGCGACUGGGGACCUGACCCCGAUACAGCAAGAAGUUGUCGUCGUUGAGCACGGAACACUGACGACUAUUCCCACCGGGGCCUUGAUGGAUGGUCUCAAGGAAUUGACUGGCCGGACACCAAGUAUGGCAUCGCUGGAUCAGGUGGAUGCAAGCUGCAAAAUUUGUGUCUUCAUCGGCGAGAUCGGUCAAAAUCUACUGUCUGAAAUGACCAAAGAUCUUUUCUCGACAGUCCAACAACUAGUCACCACUGCAAAGGGCGUGCUAUGGGUCACUGGUCACAAGGACUCGCCUUCUCAGCAAGCUAACCAGAACAUGAUUCUCGGUAUUGCGCGUACUGUGAGAAACGAAACCGGUUUGCCCUUUGCCACGUUGGACCUUGGCAAUCUCGACAACGUCUCUGGCAAGGACACGGUGCGCCAUAUCAAAAAUGUCUUCAAAGUAGUCUUUGAUCCAUCCUCACAGUCUGUCCUUAUGAACGGGGACAUGGAAUUCACCCUCCACAAUGGGGAGAUUUGUGUCUCCCGCCUUGUUGAAGAUUCUGCGAUGAACUUGAGCAUGCUCCAGGAAUCAGGAAAAGCUCCUCCACAACUCCAGAAGUUCCAGCAAGACGGAAGGCCUUUUGCGCUUAAACUGACUGAUGUCGGUGCACUGGAUGGAUUCCAUUUCACAGACGAUAACACCAAGAGCACGCCUCUACGAGAAGGUUUCAUUGAGAUACAGAUUUGCUACUCGGGCCUUAAUUUCAAAGACAUCAUGACAGUCAUGGGAGAGGUGCCCGGAACAGAGAUUGGCGCUGAAUGCAGUGGUAUUGUGACUGCUGUCGGUGCCGGUGUCCAUGACUUGAAUGUCGGUGAUCAGGUAUGCGCUAUGUUCAGUGGAUGUUUUUCGAAUUACAUUCACUGUCCUGCGACCAAUGCGUGGAAAGUGCCAUCCGGUAUCCCCUUAAAUGUGGCUGCCACUAUUCCCGUGACAUUCUGUACAGCCUACUACUCCAUGGUGGAUGUGGCCCGAGUCGAACCUGGAGAGAAUGUCUUGAUUCACUCUGCUGCUGGAGGCGUUGGACAGGCUGCUAUCCUUCUUGCCCAGUCUAUCGGUGCCAAGGUAUUUGCCACGGUCAGCACGCAAGAGAAGAAGGAAUUCCUCAAGAAAACAUACGGCUUGAAGGAAGACCAGAUCUUUUACAGCCGUGACACAGGUUUCGGACAAGCUAUCCGUCAUGCGACGCAAGGUCAUGGCGUCGAUGUGGUUCUUAACUCGCUCAGCGGAGAUUUCCUUCGAGUUUCUUUUGAGACAUUGGCUCCGUUUGGCCGAUUUGUCGAGCUUGGAAAGAGAGAUUUUCUGCAAAACUCCCGACUCGAGAUGUCUCAUUUCUUGAACAAUGUCUCCAUCUCUUCUGUGGAUCUUGUCCUUGUGAUGCAACGCAAGCCGAAGCUGUUGAAGAGAUUGCUUGGAGAUGUAUUCCGAGAGUUUGGUGGGGACGUAUUUUGCCGACCACCCUGGCCCAUCACUUCUUACUCUGUUUCUGACAUGGAGCAUGCUUUCCGAGAGAUGCGGACUGGCCGUCAGAUUGGCAAGAUCGUCAUCGAAAUGAAGCCUGAUGCAUUGGUCAAGGUUCAUCCCCCAACAAGAUCUGAUACUCUUGUACGCCAAGACGCAACAUACGUCGUUGUCGGUGGUAACCGAGGCAUCGGCCUCGACAUCACCUCCUGGUUAGCGGAGAAGGGAGCCCGACACUUGGUAAUCGUGUCACGCUCUGGUCUUGUUGGCGAGGAAGCACAGAACGCGAUCAUUGGACUCAUCAACAAGGGAGUUACAAUUAAAGUGUGUCAGUGUGAUGUUGGUGCCAAGGAGGAACUCAAUGCUCAAUUGAAGAGAGCUCUUUUGGGUGUACCACCAGUUCGUGGGGUAAUUUACGGUGCCAUGAUUCUACGUGACGUUCCUUUCGAGAAAAUGCAAUAUGCAGACUAUAAUGCAGUCGUGCAGACUCGUGUGCAAGGACUUUGGAAUGUGCAUCACGCGAUGAAGUCCAUGAAUCAGGACCUUGAUUUCCUCAUCAAUCUUUCAUCAGUGGCAGGUGUCAUUGGAAACCUCACCCAAGCCGCAUACGCCGCCACCGGAACGUUCAUGGAUGGCUUUGCAAAAUCCAUGAACUCCAUUCGUGUGCCGUGUACGACCAUUGACCUCGCACCUGUUCGAGAUGUUGGAUAUCUAGCAAAGGACCAAAAGACACAGGACGUGGUCCAAGGUACCUUCGGCGGAAUGUGGCUCAAUGCUGAAGAUAUCCACGGUCUUCUUGCCAGUGCUAUCAAGGGUGUGAUGAGGGUCUCCUGCAACAAUCACUGUAUCACCGGCCUGGAUUCAAUCCAGCCAGAGAGCCAGAGUGCUGGACAAGCAUGGACUCAAGAUCCGCGGUUCUCACAGUUGGUUCGCGCCGCGGCCGUCUCUGCAUCUUCAAAACCGGGCGAGCAAUCAAAUGGUCUUGCAUCGGAAAGCCCUGCCAAGACACUACAGCAGGCACAAGACCUCACACAGGCUCAGGAUAUAAUUGCACAAGCUCUUCUCAAGAAGCUAUGCAGUCUUCUUAUGCUUUCACUGGAGGAUGUUGACGUGUCCAAGCCUAUCUCGGCCUUUGGUCUGGACUCUCUCGUGGCUAUCGAGGUUCGACACUGGAUAUCGCGUGAAUUCGACGCUGGUCUUCAACUCUUGGAAAUUCUGGCCAGUGACUCGGUUAGCGGAUUGGCCGGGACAAUUAUGCACAAGUCCAAUGUCCUUCCGGAAGGGUUGAAGACUUCGGUCACAAACGGAACUUCCUGA